AUGAGCGACAUCAACAAGCCAGAUAUCGAAAAACCUCCGUAUGCUUGUAAAGGAAUAGUAAAACCUUCAGAAAAAGUGCAGAGACUGAUAAAGGGAUUAGGUCUACAGAAGCAUCCAGAAGGCGGUAAUUAUCUUCAAUCGGGAGAUUCAAAUGAGCCCGUCUUGACAAUUAAACAGGCAAAUUCUCCUCGAGAGAGGAAGCUAAGUCCGUUAAAAAAUUACUCAACACUAAUUCAUUAUUUGAUUACGUGUGAUGCACCUAUGGGUCGUUUUCAUGUGAAUAGAUCAAGAAUUAUACAUAUUUUACAAAAAGGAAGAGGUCGGUACGUUCUCAUUUACCCAGAUGGACGACUUAAAACAUUUGUUGUUGACUUAAAUACCGAUCGAUGUGAAGUGGAACGGUGGGUUGUGCCAGGUGGCGUUUAUAAGGCAAGUUUCUUACUUCAAUUAGAUGACGUAAAUGGUGAGUCUGCGGACGACCAUUUACUAAUAAGUGAAAUUGUGGUUCCAGGAUUCGAUUUUGAGGACCAUAAGUUUAUGCUAAGCAAGAAGGUUUUGGAAAAUCUUGUUGGUACUGAAAAAGCAGGUCAGCUUAAGUGGUUCCUUGGUAAGCAUUAA